GCCAUGAAAAACAAUGAAUCAAGAAUCACUGAUUUCAUACUUCUUGGCUUCACAGACAUUCGUAAACUGCAGCUUCUACUCUUUUCCAUCCUUUUCUUUUCCUACUUAUUGACAAUUAUGGGAAAUGCUGUGAUUAUUAUCCUGACUAACCUAGACCAUCGGCUACACACCCCAAUGUAUUUCUUCCUCUGGAAUUUCUCCAUCUUGGAAGUUGGAUUUACCACUGUUGUCAUGCCCCAAACCUUGUCACAUUUACUGAUGGGCAAUAAAAAUAUUUCCUAUGUUGGUUGCAUGAUACAAUCUUUCUUGUACUUCUCUCUGGGCACUACAGAGUUGUUCCUCUUAGCUGUCAUGUCCUAUGAUCGAUACUUAGCCAUCUGUAACCCCUUACGCUACCCAACCAUUAUGAGCAAGAGUUUGUGCAUCUUCCUUGUUCUUGGUUGUUGGGUUGGAAGUUUUCUCAUCAUCAUUGGUCCGUUUUUGCUGUUACUACAGUUUCCAAUGUGUGACUCAAACAUCCUGGACCACUUUUUCUGUGAUAACACACCAUUGAUGCACCUCCUGUGUGGGGACAUCAGACGUCUUGAGCUUUUGGGGUUCAUCAAUGCUUCUCUUUCAUUACUGGGGACUUUGGCUACUUCAGUGGUUUCCUAUAUCAACAUCAUUAAAACUAUCUUGAGAAUCCCAUCUGCUACAGGAAGAAAGAAAGCAUUUUCCACUUGUACCUCUCACUUCAUUGUUGUCUCCAUGAGCUACGGGAGCUGCAUCUUCCUUUAUAUCAGUCCAGCCCAGGACAGCAAAGUCGAGUUUGGCAAAAUAGUGGCCAUCCUGAAUACGAUUGUUUCCCCUCUGCUCAAUCCUUUCAUUUACAGCUUGAGAAACAAACAAGUUCAGGAAGCCUUGAAAGAUCUAUUGAGACAGUUCAAAGCCACUGCUACAUGUCCAGGGAAAACCUGA